UUCGCCACCUCCGCUUCCAAGCCCGUAACGGUAUCAAACGCCCAGCAGCGCAGCGCCGUGCAAGCAUCCAAUCAGCCAGCCACGCGCAGGCGCAGGCGCAGCCGCAGCCGCAAGAAGAAUCCAAGCUCCCCCACCCGAACUCCACAGUCCGUGGUCACUCGCAGCGGCCUACAAAGAGCAAGCGGACAAGCGCCACGGGUAUCUAUUGUGACCUCAUUCACGGGCCCGGGCGCCCGGCCAAGCAAAGAAGCCAACCCAAACCGCCUUUCUUCUUCUCCUGCUCCGGCGUCCUCCACGCGCCAGUUCCAGGACUACCACGCCAUGGGGGAAGGAGGAGGGGGAGUGGGAGUGGGAGUGGGAGUAGCGGCGGCGAGGCCGAGGAGAAUUUACGCGGUUCUCGCGGUGCUUCCGCUUCUCGCGGCGGUGGCGGCGGCGAAGUCGGGGGGAAGGUACCGCGCGGUGUUCAAUUUCGGGGACUCGCUGGUGGACGCCGGCAACCUGGUCACGGAGGCCAUCCCGGACUACCUCGCCACCGCGCGCCUGCCCUACGGCCAGACAUACUUCGGCUACCCCACCGGCCGAUGCUCCGACGGACGCCUCGUCGUCGACUUCAUCGCGCAAGAGUUGGGGCUGCCGCUGCUGCCGCCGUCCAAGGCCAAGAACGCCAGCUUCGCGCAGGGCGCCAACUUCGCCAUCACCGGCGCCACGGCGCUCGACACCGAGUUCUUCGAGAAGCGGGGGCUCGGUAAGACCGUCUGGAACUCCGGCUCCCUCUUCACACAAAUCCACUGGCUGCGCGACCUCAAGCCCUCACUUUGCAACUCCGCCCAAGAAUGCAAGGAGUUCUUUGCCAAGUCCCUGUUUAUUGUUGGUGAAUUUGGCGGAAAUGACUACAACGCACCCCUGUUCGCUGGCAAGGACAUCAAGGAGGCCUACAAGCUGAUGCCCCAUGUAAUUCAGGGUAUCUCCGAUGGCGUUGAGCAAUUGAUUGCUGAGGGGGCAAAGGAUUUGAUUGUGCCUGGAGUGAUGCCAUCCGGGUGCUUUCCGGUGUACUUGACCAUGUACGCUGACCCAAAGGAGGGGCAUGGCUCGCGUACCGGCUGCCUGAAACGAUUCAACACAUUCUCAUGGGUGCACAAUGCGAUGCUCAAGCGCGCGCUGGAGAAGCUCCGUGCAAAGCACCCUGGGGUGAGGAUCAUGUAUGGCGAUUACUUCACGCCAGUUAUUCAGUUCAUACUUCAGCCCGAGAAAUUUGGUUUUUACAAACAACUACCUAGAGCAUGCUGCGGUGCUCCCGGUAGAGGCCCUUACAACUUCAACCUAACAGCCAAAUGUGGUGAGCCUGGUGCCUCGGCAUGUGCUGAUCCCAAGACACACUGGAGCUGGGAUGGAAUUCACCUGACGGAGGCUGCAUAUGGACACAUUGCCAGAGGUUGGCUGCAUGGCCCGUUCGGAGACCAACCUAUCGUACAGUCAUCUUGAGCGCGCAACCAUUUCUUCUGUUGUACCUCCAGAGUGUAUUAAAAUAGCACACAAGAAUGGAGCUGAUAAGGUAGUUCCAUAUACUUACAUGUAUAUGUCCUUUCCAUUUCUUCGAUUCCGUUACAGUCUGGUAAAGAGCUAAGAUAGAGGCUAUUAAAGCAUGAUUUCUUCAUUCAUCAGAUGGUAUAAGUACAAAAUGUAAUGCACAGAACAGUUAAAUAUGAUACAGAUUGCAUUCCUCGGUA